GAUAGCAUCAACACGUUUUUAUUAGGUGCAGUAAUUUUGCACAUAAAGUUCACAUUAUUUUGAUUUGAUUUUCAUUGAAAAUUCGUUAAAUUCUAAAAAGAAACUAAACAAAUACACUCACUGUUGGUGAUUGAAGCAAUAAAUUCAGCGAAACAAAAUGGAAAAGAAAAGGAAGCGGUCAACAAUGGGCUGCGUCGUUGAUGAUUUGGAUCGCAGCGCACCAUCUCAAUUGGAAUGUUCGGGAAUGUGUAUCGGGCACAGUGACAGUGCGUGUUUAAUUGAUCCGGCCGAAAUCAAAAAAGAGAUAUGCAUCAAAGAAGAAGAUCCAGACUCUGUUGGGCAUUUAAUCGAUGUUCCCGUAGUGUACGACAAUGAAUCGCACCCGUUGCAUAACCUCAAUGAGCAUGAUGGUGAAGAUGAUUUCGCACUUUUGGGCGUCGAUGAUGUGAAAAUUGAGCCGAAACAAGAAAUCGAUUGCAAGAAGGAAAAAGAAACGAACACAAAUGCUGAUUCGCGAAAAGAUGUAGCACAUGUGCAACAAAAUCGACAAUUUCAACCAGACAAUGGAAGUAAUUCGAUGGGCAACAGCAUUCCGAAAAAUAAUCGAAAAGCACACAAAUGUGAUCUUUGCGAAUAUUCAACCAAGUACAGGUCACAUUUAAAAAGGCAUUCACGUACACACACCAAUGAAAAGCCAUAUGGUUGCAAAUACUGUGCAAAACAGUUUACAUCGAAUGGAAGCUUAAGUGCUCAUAUGAAAGUUCACGUGGAAGAGUUUUUGUUCCACUGUUCUGGCUGUUUGCAAGGCUUCGAUGAAAAAGAUGCCAAAAUGAUCCACGAAACAGGUUGCAUGGCUCGUCGCUACGAGUGCCAUGUGUGCAAGCAAUCUUUUGGAUCACAAAAAACAAAUUUACUUAAUCACGUUCGUGUUCAUAGCGGCCACAAACCAUUCGAAUGCACCAAAUGCCAAAAACAAUUUUCAGACAAUGGGCAUCUUACUAGACACAAGAAAAUUCAUUUCGGUCCACCUUCAUUUCACUGUUCCAGAUGUCGCUUGGGAUUCACACAGGAAAACAUAAGAAAUGCACAUGAAGGCAAAUGCAGUCGACGUGUAUACGAAUGUUAUGUUUGCGGAAAAUUCAUUGGUAGCCCGAAAGCACAGUUACUAAGUCAUAUGUACAAUCAUACAGGCGAAAAGCGAUUCAAGUGCAAACAUUGUUUGAAGAAAUAUACACAGAAACCCCGUCUUGAUGAUCAUUUGAAAUCACAUACCGAAAAUCUCCCGUUUAAAUGUUCGAUUUGUCGCCUCGGUUUCUUGAAGCAAACACAACGCAAGGUGCACCAGAAGACCUGUUUCCGAAAAGGUUACGAAUGCUUUUUGUGCGGAAAAUUCUUUGGCUGGCUCAAAGCUAACUUGAAAGGACAUAUGACGAAGCACACAGGCGAAAAGUACUUCAAAUGCAAGCUGUGUGACCGCAAUUAUGCCCUGCGCUCCAGUUUGAAAACACACAUCAAUCGAAGCCACAAUGGGAAAAUGAAUUAAUAUCGAUCCGCUGGUGCAAA